UAAUAAUAAUAAUAAUAGGACAGUAUACAAGAAAUAGAGAAAACUAUAUCCCAUUUUGAAACCACACAAUUUGCCAAAAUCGCUCUGAAAACAACAAAACUGAAAUUAAAAGAACUCAUUACAAAACUAAACCUAUUAACACCCAGAAAUAGACAAAAGAGAGGACUAAUAAACGCAUUGGGAUCAACAAUUAAAUUCAUAACCGGAAAUAUGGAUUACGAAGAUGCGGAAAAACUAAAUAGAGACAUUGAACGCCUAUUAAUGGAAAAUGAACGAAUAAACAAUACACUAAAUCAACAACUAAUUCUCAAUACUGACAUGAUAAAAAGGUUUGAAAACAUAACUAAUCAUAUAAACAAUGAGCAAGAUAUUAUAACAGCAUCCAUAAAAAAGAUGCAAGACCAAACCCGAAAUUCACUUAACCCUACAAUAAACACAAUAACACAAAUUCAACAUCUUAAUCAAAUAAACUAUAAUAUCGACAUACUCACACAACACUUAAACAAUAUCGCAGAGGCAAUUGUAUUAUCUAAAUUGAAUAUCAUUCCAAAAUUAAUAUUAGAUCCUAUAGAAAUAAUUCAAAUUCACAAAACACUAAAUAACACUAUAAAUAUACUCUCACCUGAACACAUAUUUGAACUUCUCGAAUUAACUGCAUACUAUAAUAACACUAAUAUAAUUUUUAACAUAAAAAUCCCAACACUAUCAAACUAUAAAUAUACAUUGUACCAUAUCAUACCAACACCAAUCAAUAAAACAUUAGAAAUUAUAAGCGAAGAAUAUGUAUUGAUCAAUGAGAAUAAUUCGAUAUUUUAUAAAGAUAAAUGUAAACAUAUAGAAAAUGAAUUUUAUUGUAAAAGUACUCAUGAAACGGAAUUUGAUAUGAACAAAGAUUGCAUUAGAAAUAUAAUAAAUAAGAACGAGACCGUUUCCUGUCAUUUACGAGAUAUAGGACAAAAAACUGAAAUUAUUCACCCAGAACCCAACUACAUUAUCCUCAUUAACCCUCCAAUACAACAAAUUAUUACGAUAUGUAACAAUAUUACCAAACAAUACACAAUUAAUAAAACUACUCUAAUUCAAUUUAUAAACUGUAAAGUGGCCAUCAAUAACAUAUGGUACAACAACGAAAACAACAUAUAUUGGGACAAUGGAAUCUUCAUUGAAAUACCACCCAAAUUCAACAAUAAAAUUACAGCCCUCUCAAACAAAAAUGAAAUAACACUUCCAAAACUAAAUGAAUAUAGAUUCCAAGAUAGAAAAAUAGUUGAAAACCUUCAAACAGAUACAGAAAUACAUGAAAAAAUUACAUAUUCAGCUUUCGGAUCAGUAUCAAUUCUUAUCAUAAUAUUAAUAAUUGCAAUAAUAAAAAGAAAACCAAUGACAAUAACUUAUUCAUUCGACCAGAAGAUUAAUGAAGUUCCGGCUACAAAUUUUGCAAAGCCCCUUUGGACAUCACUUCAUUUUAGGGAGGGAGGAGUUAUGGAAACCACCAAAUAAAACAACAGCUUAAUACACAUUUUAUACCUAAAGAAUUAUAACAACAAAAUUAAAUAAAUAAAUUCAA